UGAGAAAUCAAUUCAGUCACGUGAAGCAUACACCCAGUUUCUCGUUCUGAAGACCGUCGAACGGGUCGCGUUCAUGUUUGUAUGUGACAAACUUAAGAAUUAUAGUGUAGGUGAUGUUGUGGAAAACAACGGUUUACUCUGAUCAACAGGAUACAAGAUGCUCGGAGAAAGACUAUCAUUAAUCAAGAGUGGAACAAAACAUACCCCAGUGUUGUAUACAACGAACGCAAAAUCAAACCCCAUAACCCCGAUUUGAACACGAAGCGUACACAUGGAUAACGUUUGCGUAUAGAAAGUACAAAGUCUAGAAGGAACAUUUAAAAGUCAAAUUGUUGUUAACCGACUUGAUUAGCAAACAAUCACAGGCGUCCUCGAGCGACCUUUGGUCAAUGUAUUGUCCAAUGAAUGAUGGAAAUUUCAUGGCAUUUCCACCAAUCAGCACUUCCGCUAAAAGCGCGCAUUUAUACAGCAUAUAUAAGUGUGCGAUUUAGUGCUGCGAAUGCAUUUUACAGCCGUGCUCAUUAAAACCUGACUAAAAUGGGAGCCGCUUUAUCAGUGAGCGUCCAACUCCAUACAUCAGCGAGGCAUGCGUUAAGCGAAAAACAAAGAGACUGAUCCCAUAUCAGCGACGGAAUGGUUUUCAAAAUGCCAUCAGAUUAACGUGCUUGACUCCACGAUCAACUACUAUGAUUCCGCUCCCGAGAGUAAAACAGAUAAAGUAGUGAUAUUACUUCAUGGUAAUCCAACAAGCUCGUAUAUUUGGAGAAACAUUGUUCCCCAUAUUCAAGAUGAAUAUCGUUGCAUUGCGCCCGACUUGAUAGGAAUGGGUGCAUCUGGAAGAUUGUGUCAGAGUGCGUACAGAUUUCAAGAUCACUACGAGUACAUUGAGGCCUGGAUUAACAAGAUGAUGUUGCCAGAUAGAGUGACAUUUGUUUGUCAAGAUUGGGGCUCUGGUAUAGCCUUCCACUGGUGUCAUAUACAUCCAGAAAGGGUGAAGGCGAUUGUACACACAGAAAGCUUAGUUAUGCCAGCAACCUCGUGGAAACAGUGGCCAUUAAUGCAUAAACUGAUUUUUCGAAGUCUGCGUACGAAACCGGGCGAAAAGAUGGUUCUUAAAGACAACUUCUUCAUCGAGAGGAUCCUGCCGGCAAAUACUUUGAGAAAACUUCAUGAGGUAGAAAUGAACGCGUACAGGCAACCGUUUGUUGUGAAAGGUGAAAGUAGAAGACCUAUGCUCACCUGGCCAAGAGAAAUACCUUUCAUAAGUGAAGGACCUUACGAUGUUCUGAAAGUCGUUCAAGACUAUGCACGAUUUAUGGAACGCAGCGAGUCGAUUCCGAAACUGUUCAUCGAGGCAGAUCCAGGGGUCUUCAGUAAAGCAAUAUCCGAAACAGCCAAAGCGUGGCCAAACACAAGAACAGUUAAAGUACGAGGUUUGCAUUACGUGCAAGAAGACUCGCCAAAAGAAAUAGGACAUGCCAUAGCAAACUUUCUGGGUAGUGUCUACACCACUUGACCAUUGAACGGAUACAUUAUAGAGUAGAAAUAAAAUAGUAUUUAACAACUUUUUAAAAAGAAGUUUGCCUACCGUUAUAUACGAUAAGAAAUUAUUAACUAGUAAGUAAACAUCAGCACAACUACAUAGAUCACGACUAAAUGCAAUUCUUACAAGCUAGUGGAAUGGCGUGCACACUUGAACUCACCCGGAAAUCGUGUAGGGGUUAUAAACUUGACAAAAACAGAAUUUGGAUAGAUAAUAGAGAUUAAUUAACAUUAUAGUUGCAAUUAAAUGGGGUCAAAGUACGAA